AGUCACUGCAGAAAAGAAAUCAUGAGCUGAGUUCAGGACAAUCAGCCUCUGCUAUUUCCCGAUAAUAGGCUUUAUAGUGAUGUUUGGAUUCCACAUUACACUUCAGCAGAGGUAGAGGACUUGCUGGGACAUGGCGAGAAGCAGAUGGUUUCUAUGAAAUGGUGGGGCAGGGUUGUUGCAUGGGAGGGAAGGCUGAUUUGGCUUCUAUUAUGGCCUGCUGUUAUUGCUGGUGUAUUCAACUAUAUGCUAACUUUCAUUACCCUCAUUUUUGUUGGCCACCUGGGUGACUCACAGUUUGCUGGUGCCUCUCUUGCUUGUCUGGGACUUCAAGGUCUUUCUUUUGGACUUAUGCUUCAUUGGAAGAUCGGAGAGCAAUGGUAUUGCAGAGUAUGGCCAAGUUUUUGGGCGUCAAUCAGUCCCUCAACUCUAUGCAUAUGCAGUUCACUUCCCUUUGCUGGGGUUUCUCAUGGCACAGAACUUAAUGAACUUUCUUGCGUACCUAGCAGUUGGUGUUUUCUUCUUGCAUGUGCUUCUAACAUGGCUAGUGGUUUCUUUUCUAGGCUUUGGCCUUCGGGGGGCUGCUCUUACUUUAGGCUUUUCUUGGUGGGUUCUUGUGAUUGUCACAGGACUCCAUAUUACUCUGAGUCCCUCUUGCAAGGAAACUUGGACCGGUUUCUCAAUUAAAGCCUUCACGUUAAAAGGACUCUGGCCUUAUUUCAAGCUAACUGUUUCUUCUGCUGCUAUGAUAUGGUAUGUGUCAAAACCGCUCUAUGGAAAAUUUUCAAGUAGACUCGAUUGGUGGAAGAUAGAUAGAUGCAAGACAGGCACACUUUUGAAUGAAACCCACCUCUGAUUUGCUUUCAUGCCUACCCUAGGAACUAGGGAAAAAAUGGUGCAUCAAUGUGCUAGCCAAAUUUUUUGAGUACUCGAAUUCACAAUAUUGGCAUGCAAAAUAAGAUUUGUAUGUCUUUUUUCGGUGUAGCAGUAAUUAAGGGCUGCUGCUAUCGAAACUCAAAUAGUCAAAUUUACCAAGGUCUCUCUGUUUCUGUUUGGUUUAGAUUUUAUUAUUUAAUUUAUUAUGAAGUUGAAAGUGAUUCUGUUGUAUCUUUGCAAUUGUGACAGAGGGAGAAAGAGAGGGAAAGAGAGAGAAGAGAGAAGAGAGGUAUAGAGAAGAGAACAAGGGGAGUAAUCUGAACACGUACCGUAUCGUUCAAGUCAUAUUCUGAAUUUACAAUAGGUAUCUAUUUAUAGGCUAGGCUCCUGCCCA